AUGCUGGAUCUUGAAGUUGUUCCUGAAAGAUCACUUGGAAACGAGCAAUGGGAGUUUAUACUAGGUGUGUUGCGCGCAACGUAGUCGAUCAAGACACAUUGGUUGUUUUCUCUUAAAUUAAUUAUGUUAACUCGAUUUACGUUUGCUCAAGUAAUUUAUACAUCUUUUUUCUCGGUUUCUAGGAAUGCCUGUUGCACAGUGCGUUCAGAUUCUCAAACGACAAUGUCGUGUUAUAAAAUCCGUGCAAGCGAUGUACAGCGAGGCGGUAAGCAGAUUGUCCCGCCAAAAAAGUUGUUUGUUAAAAUGUAAAUUGCAAGAAUCAAAGUAUUAAAGGGGUUUCUCGUGAUAAGUAGAGCCUGUGGUUUGUUGCUUCAUCGAUUUGUGAAAACUUUUCUCACUGCUGUUAAUGCCAGCACAGGUUUUUAUAUGUUUUAAUACAUCGGGACUGUCUUGUGACCAAAUGGUUAAUAAUUACAUGGUAUAAGUUUUGGGACGAAAAGAAUGUGAUCACGAGACAGUUCCAUUUCUUGCGAUUUUAUUUACAGAAUCCCUUGGCCAUGGACCUAGUUUUAAACCUGCCAAAUGAUGGUAUUAGACUGGUGUUUGAUCCAGUGACACAGAGACUGAAGGUAUAUAAUUGCCGCAAAAGAUUCAUGUACAUGUUAAUGCAUUAUGCUGAUUGGAAAAAUUGAAGAACAACUCCCCAAAAAAUCUGGCAGCCAUCUGUUGGCCAACUGUCCACCAACAGUCGGCCAAAUAAAGGCCGACAGUUAGUCGAGAAAUGGCUGACAAGUGGCCAACAGUGGGAAUAACUGUCAGUCAACUGUUGAUCACUUGCCGGUUAUCUGUCGGCAAUAUGUUAGCGCACUUUUUCAUAACAGAGAGCUCUAAGUAGGCACAAAAUCUGUUUUGACUGUGUAUUAUUUGUCAAUUAUCUAUUUAUUUAUGUUAUAUCUGUCCUUUUUUGCUUGUAUUUCAUUUUUCCAUUCAUGGUGUUUGUUAAUAUUUUAAGGGAUGCACAGUCUAUCAAGAAGGAAAAAAACUGGCUGCAAUAAUGCAAGUACAAAUUGACAAAUUUAAAGCACAAAAAUUUAAUUUAUGUGGAGAUCUAAUGGUUAUUUUAUUGUAUUUCACAUCAAAUCCACCAUAAUUUGGUUAAAAGCCAGAAAACUAUUGUGGAGCAUACAAUGUAUUAAUUUUACUUGUCCCAGACUGUGACACCCUGAGUUUGUUUGGUUUCAAAUCUACUUUUGGAUAACAAUUAAAAUGUUAAAAGAUCAAUUACUAAUAUAUUACUUUAUUUGUAUACCCAGAUAAUUGAAGUUUAUAGUAUGAGCAAAGUCAAGCUUAAGUACUGGUAUGAUUGACUAUUCAAGUUGACCCAUAAAUAAUUCAUUAAUAAUAAUUAUAAACAAUUAUUGGAUGAGGUUUUUGUGAUAUCCAGAAUAAUCAAGAUCAAGGUAGGGGUUGUCAGGCGAAACGGAAGGCUGAGGCUGAUAACCCUUACCUAGACCUUGAUUAUUCUAGAUAUCACAAAAACCAAAUCAAAUAAUUGUUUUAUUAUACAUUGAACGAAAAAAAAAAAUAAUAAUAGUAAUAAAAUAAAAAUUGUCACGACAGUAAAAGUGGAACAAAGCAAACCUGGAAGUCCUGUUUUUGCUUCUUCACUAACGGCAAGCAACACAAAGUGUGUGAACUUGACAUGAUUACCUUUAGAAAUCAUGCACCGCAGUCAUACAUGACAUGAUUACCCGUGACCUUGAGUGUUGGUGACAUGAUUAUUGUAUAAUCUGCAGCUAGAUGACAUCCCAAGCGCUGAUUUCGAAAAUUCACUGUACGCUUUCGGCCAAUCAGAAAUGAGAUAGUGAUCGGGUUAAAUUUAUAGUAAUAAUUAUUAUUAUCAGCCCUUAACUAGUACUUAACUCUAUCACGUUGCAACAUCAUCCAACGUGAUACAAUGGAUGGAUGAAUUAAGGGGUACUAAGAAGUGAGUAAGAAGUUUAAAAGCUUUAAAUAUUUGUCCGCAUUUUAACAUCGGCUGGGCAAAUGACUUUUACAUAUUAUUGUUGAUGGCCUUUACACCUGUAGUUCUAUUUAAUCUGAAGGGAAACAUUCAAAAUGCAAACUUUGCCAUAUUUUAUUUAUUUUUUUUUACAUAGUGGGAUUUGGUAUAUGCAUAUUAUAAUAUUUUUCUUUUUGCAACUGUUAUUAAUUCCAGUGGGGUUCACUUUAAUUCUCCUCAAGUACAACCUACAAUUGAACAAAUUGACAUGUCAUUUGGAGCGACCCAUCCUGGAGGUUGGUAAUUUCAACAAGGUUAUGUGUAAUAAAAUUUCUCGAUAUUUCAAGUGCCUAACGUAUUUUUUAAUUACCAGGUACGUUUAAUUGUUCAACUAAAUUCAGUUGGUACAAUGUAAAUUUUUGACAUAAUUCUAUAGAUUGUACAAUUUACAUUUGUAAUGUAAAUAAUGUAGAUUCAUGUAAGGCCUUGAUACUUUUUGUUAGCUUUGUGUUAUUAUUAUUAUUAUUAUUAUUAUUAUUAUCAUUAUCAUUAUCAUUAUCAUUAUCAUUAUCAUUAUUAUCAUUAUUAUUAUUAUUAUUAUUAUUAUCAUUAUUAUUUUAUGCAAAUCAACAACAUGAUAAGUGAUCCUUGUUUCUUUUAUUUUGUACUUUUAUAUAUUUACUUGACAUUUAUUAUUUCUUUGAUGUUCAUUUCAGUCUAUGAUCCCAAUCAUCAGCUGUUUAUUCUUAACUUCAGAGGCCUCUCAUUUUCCUUUCCCAUCGACUCUAAAUUUGAGGUAUGUUAUUUACAUGCAAUUGCUAGGGUGUGGCCAGGGUUCUAAUUCUACUAACAGAGGGGGAGGGGACAGUUAGAUUUUAACACUGUAUUACAACAACAACAACAUUAACAACAACUACAACAAAACUUUAUUAAUAAGCAGAUAUAGUAUAGCAAAAGCACUCCCUGCAGCUACAUGUAGUAAGGCUAUUCGAGGUGGGACAGUGCGUGCGAAAUGAAAUGGAGAUUAAGGGUAACUAAGGAAAGUUUACAGUUUACAAAUAAAUGAAAUAAAAAUUGGAAUGUGGUUGACGACUAGACAACACGAUAGAAAAGAGAGAGUUAAACAAAUAUCAAACUGUAAAAGUAGAAAUGAGUUUCAUCUGAAUAGCAAAGAAUUUAUUUCUCGACAUUUUUGACUGAUUUUACCUUUUAAUUAAAGUGGGCAUGUGGAUAUAGUCAUAUUCUGUAUUGCAGGGUGCAUUUCUAGGAAUGCUAUUAUAUAUAUGAGUGUUCUGAGUGACUCUCAGGAAAAGGAAAUUUUCAUGCACAUGCAUUGGGAUGACAAGCACAAGCUUCUCCUUUUACUGUUGAAUCCAAAGAGGUCAUGCAUGCUUUAAAUACAGUGCUGAAAAAAUAUGUAUAGAGAGAGGUGACUUUCAUUUUUAAUGGUUUAGCUGAAUAUUUUUCCCUUACAGCCAUACUACACUCAUGGACUAGGAUCCCUCAAGUUCUCUUCUGGAUCAUCACCAAUUGUAUCACGGAUGUCAAUUUACCAUGGCAACAGCCUAACAGAUGCAAGGUGUUGUGCCAUUCUUAUUCCACUUCUACACUGUAUAUUUGUUACGUAUGUGUACAAACAGAAGAGAGCUAACCAAACUUCCGAGACCUAGUACUCUGUUCACCAUUUCAGUAUCAAAAUGGUCUCUGUCCAUUUUGUAAGGCAAACAUUGUGGUUAUAAGAACAUAGUGGUCAUCAGAGAAUACGUAAUACUCUACCUAAAAAAAGUUGCCUUUUUUAGUAAAUUAUCGUCAGUUCUCUAACUGAAUACAUCAUUGUAAACAUGCAAAAGGGGAAAUAUUUUGAAGCCUUAUUUUGUCCUUGGCCUAGAGAUAUUGUUAAUUUUGAUUUGGUUGAUGCUUUUGCUGUUUUCAUUGAUUUGGGAGUCGCCUUACUAAUAAUUGUUACACCUUGGGGAAGUCCUUUUGUGAUCAAAAUUUUAUUAAUAGAUUUUUGACAAGUUCACUUCCCAAUGAUAAAAUAAUUUGUGUUGUGGUUUAUGAUAGAGCACCUCCACUACCUCUGCAGUGUUUCCAUGGCAACUGUUUUGCUGACAACAUUGACAUCAUUAACAAGGAUGGGAAAGUGUAUGGUCUCAAAUGUUUUCUUGUUGCUGAAGGUAAAGAGAUAAAUGAUAUAUUUAUUUAUUUAUUUAUUAUUGUUUGUUAAGAUCAUUAUUGGGAUCAGGAAAUUGUAGGGUAGGACUUGGGGAAAGAGUAGGGAACAACGUUGAAAGAAAGACAAUUUAGAAACUUUGUUUAUUUAAUAACCUGUUAAGUUCCAAUAGUUGUUGUUACCAAAUUUCUUCUUAUAAUCCCAGUGCUAUAUUUAUCAGUCAGAGAGAUCAUGAGAAUUAAGCCAGGAUUACUUUUCAGGAUACAUUAUGUUCUAGAAGCAAGUCAAUGUGCCAAACAGCAUUUCACCAGCUCCCUUCUGGGCUAAAGUUCAAUGACUCUAGUCUCAGUGUGCAACAGCCCCCUCCGCACAAACAAAAUUGGAUAUUUUGUUUCAGGGGAGAGCAGUUGUACACAGGCUAACUGUCUCCAGUCCUGCGGAGCCUUGACUGGGCUGGAAAGGUACUGCUUGUAUUCCAAAAUUGCUAAGCAAGUGCAUUGUGGUAAAUCUUCAAUACCCUGUUUUCACUGAAGAGCAUCUUUUUCUAUCACUCUGUUGCUAACAAUGAGAGGGAAAAGUAAGUCAAGGCCAUCUAUAAAAAUAAUGUGCUUGUAAAACUGAAAUCUCUCCUUUUAAAUUUGUUUUUUUUUUUUUCGAAAGGCACCGGUCCUGGCAAGAUCUUAGAGCUAAGGAGACGAACUUUUGAGAGAGCUAUUAUGUUUGGAGAUUCGUGUCAGGUGUGAAUUGAUUUGACCUUUAGUUUAUAACUAGCGUUUUAAAUGCCAUGGAAAUUUUUAAGUUUUACUUAAUUUUAAGAAUAAAACUGGGAAAAGAGACUGAAAGGAUUACAGGCUUCUGGGACGUGAUGUAAUACUGACUCAUGCUUGCUGUUUUUGUGCUUUAGGAUGUGAUAAGCUCUCUUGGGUCACCUUGUAAAGUUUUCUACAAGGCUGAAGAUAAGGUACUGAUUCAAAAACGCGUUCUAUUGAUCAUUAUUGGUGUCCAAUUUUGCGGCAGUACCUAAAAACAUAUACCCAAUUGCAACAGUUAGCAUCCUAUCCAGUUCGUGAACAUGAGGCUCAUUUUUGGGUGUAUAGUAAGCAUACUCACCUACUACACCUACUAAUAUGGGAAAGAAAAGGAAUAGGGCAUUUUCAUGAUGACAGUACAUGUAAUUGACUACAACUACCAGAAUUCGUUUCGUUUUGCUUUCGUUUUUUAAUUUGUCAAUGCCACUGAGAAUUAAACAACAGCGGUUUUGCCUUAAUUUGAAAAAGAAAACAACAAACUACAGCAUUCUGGUAGUUGUAGUAAAAUUACGUCAUCGUACAAUUAUCCUGUUGAUUUGGGUAAAUCAGUAGUGUGGCUUGAUUGGGUAUCCCUUGACUAGGCCCCAGUUGUUCGAAAGAUGGAUAAUGCUAUCGAUCGGAUAAAUCACUAUCCAUUCCAAAGCUUUUCCGCUAGAUAGCGAUUUAUCCAGUGGAUAGCGCUAUUCAGCGUUACAUUCGGGACCAGGCGAAAAACUGAUUCAAAUCGGUUUGUGGAGUCCCAGCAUCCUUUAGUCUCGCCAGUAAUUAUUCCCUACUUAAGUUGAAUUUGAUAUAUUAUAAUAUAUUUUUAAAAAAUUCUCUUUAGAUGCGCAUCCAUUCUCCAUCUCCACACAAGCUCUCUCAGUCUAAGAGUUCUGAUUAUUUCUUCAAUUACUUUACUCUGGGAGUGGUGGGUAUACAAUUAUGUCUGUCACUGUAGUAAUUGAGUACAUGUUACUAUGUAAAUAGAACCGCGAGAAUGAAGUGAUCCGAAGGAAGUUGCUUGUUGAAACGCUUGAAACAUGUGUUAUUAACCGCUGUACUACACAUAGCCUGAGAAACCAGCCGUCAUUUUGCGACGCGACCACUAGUUUGCCCGCGAAAUGAAGUCUGAGGAACGAGCGCAGAAAUUGCAUAUUGCAUACGUGUCACAACCCACAUCUGGGUGGUGGUUUCUGAUUGGUUGAAGAAAGUUUCCCUCGUGGCUGCAUACUGCACUGUAAUAACAGCUGCAUUGCACUGUAAUAAACAAGAUAGUUGCGAUUGUAAAAUAAGGUGCUCUUGUACGAGAAACUCAAAAUUGUACGUUUGACAACUUUAUACCAAGAUAAUUCAGCGUAGGGCAAGUGCACAGAAACGUCGGACGCGACCAUAAGUGACAGUUGCGAGGAUUUUUUCUUAUCCGUUUCUAAAACAGCCAUUAUGCUCUAAUACGUAGAGUGGUUAUAACUUGUACCAUGACAGUUUUUCCCUGUAAAAGAAGUACGGCAUGCGAAAAGUACUUCAUGGAAAACAAACCUUAGUUUAUUGAACGCUUUUGUCGUUAUAUGAACAAAACAGCAGUGCCACAGGAGAUAAUAGGGAGCUUAAGCAACGACGACGGCGACGUCAACGAGAACGGCAGAAGAGCAAUAGGUUUCGAUUGGCAAAGCAACAACUCUACGCGUGCAUUACGCUUUUUUGUACAUUUCCUUCCCGCCACUGCCUUACUACGACGUGAAAAUGCCUAAUUUCACGUAUUGUGGAGGUCGUGAAUACAAAACAACGACUUUGUUUUUCUUUCCCUGAACUUGGUUACACUUUUUUAGAAUUCAACUCCAGAAAAAAGAAAAAUUGCCAGUAUUUGACGAAUUGAACGACAUGGAAUAAGCGCGAUGAAGUUUGGAGCAGCGCGACUUCACAUUGUUACUGUCGUCUUCGUAGCUGUCGCCUUCGUUGUUGCUUAAGCUCCCUAAUAAUUAUUACCGCGGUCCGCAAAUGUAUAAAUGUAUAAUUAUAACCACGACUGAUAAUUAUCUAAGGAUUUAUCAACUUUUCUUCCCCAGGACAUUUUAUUUGAUGCUUACAGUCAUCAAGUGAAGAAAUUUAUUCUGCACACCAACUUCCCUGGCCAUUAUAAUUUUAACAUGUGAGUAAAUACAUGCAUGUUGCACUGCGCUUAGAUAAAGUUAAAGCCAUUUCUUGUAAGCAAUCAUACGGUAUAUAUCUUUUAUUAAUUAUAGGUACCAACGCUGUGAUUUCAAGAUUGAGAUACAGAGAGACUCUAAAGGUAACGGUCUCACUGGAAAUUAAAGCCAUAUUCACCUUCCCACCUACCUCUCCUCACACUCCUUCACGCAUGAGGCCUUCACGCUUCUCCGACAACCUGCCCUAUCCCUCGUACGAGCUCUUGCUCGCUCCUACGACCCCCACCCUGUCUGGGCACUCUCCUUUUCUACCGUCCUGGGCUGGGUUCUGUGGCUUUCCAUCAGGUGCCCAACACUGCUGUUACACAGUGAUGUCCUGUCUGCAUAAGCAGCGUAUGACCAAGCCACUUCCAACGUCUCCUAUUUACUACCAUACCUAUUUUUUUUCAUCAAGUUGAAGUUGAACAAGUUAUGCGAAUGUGUUAGCUCGCUAUGUCGAGUUCUAAUUGUUGCAAAUAAAAGCUUGUUCUCCCUUUAAAACCAAGGGCUGCAGGACUCGGCGAAAAAAAGAGGCGUCGAAGGCCUUUGAUAUAGCGGGUGCACUCUCCUUGGAAACACAUCUGGUCAUUGAUUUGGCCUUCGAACAUCCUCGCUGGAUGGCGGCCCCGAAGCCAAAAUGUUUCCCGAAUUCACACAAAUGAGCCUGCUCGCGGGCUAUUAUUGAUUCUUCAAUUUAACUGAUCUUCCGCUAUUUCAGUCACAUUUCUCUUUUUUUUUUCUUUUUUUUUUUUCUGUUUUACCAUAGUUAGUCACUAACUAUGGUUUUACGUUCUUAUUAUUAGAUGCAGUUCUGGGUGACGAAACACCGUUUGUGGUGACUCCCUGUACAAAGGUAAAGGUUGCGUUACAGAAUCUCGUAUUUUCGAGCUUUCUGUCAUCAAGAUGCAUGCAUUAUUUGUGAAAGAAAUCGUCAAACUGACUUUGUCCUUUUGACGAUAGUCUGAAUUACCGUUCUUGUUAGGCAAAGACGUGAACAUACUAUUUCAAUCUUAUAAAAUCCGCUAUUUUUCUCUUUCUUUCAGUGGGACAGUGUCCAGGAUUAUCUGGGCAAACCAGUCGAGGCACCUGUUGUGUUAAACAGGUAAGGUAGAGGUAUAUUACUAAGUGAUGUAACGUUAAACUCGCCGCAUACAGCUAUCCUAACUAAUCUUGUUGGAUAUGCACGUGAAAACGACCUCGUGGUUUGGAAAUAAACUGCAGUCAAUUUCAACCUUUUCAAUACCCCUAAAUCAAAAUUCAAAUUCUCAUUUGUUGUUCCUAUAAGUUUCAAUAGUAGCAGUUGGGAGAAUUUGAUAAUGUAUUAAUUAGAUUCAUCUUCUUUGAUCAUGUCUCCUCAAUUCUCAUUAUAAGGCAUAGAUACAUGUAUUACAUGGAGAAACUUCAUGCUGAACUUAAAGGCUUAAACUAUGCGAAUAGUAAAUAAAUAAAUAAAUAAAUAAAUAAAUGAUGAUUUGGAGGUAGCACAUCCACAAAGUGGUUCUUCGUCUACCUUACUCCUGGCCGAAUUGGAAUUUGGAAAUGCUGGUUUUUGAGGAGAGGGGGAAACCUGAGUACCCGGAGAAAAACCUCUGGGAGCAAGGAAGAGAACCAAUAACAAACUCAACCAGCUAUUUGUUUGGAAUGUGAGAGUAACAGGUGAAGCAUUGCCGAAUUUGGUAAAAUAACUGUGGGAAAACCCACAUAACUACUUGUCUCGUUGUGUUGUAGAUUCCCUUGCUCCUAGAAAAAAUGAACCGCUCUUAGCGAUUUUAUAGUUAAAGUCAUACAAUGGCGCGCGGUCGUUGUCAAUGCAAUAUUACGCUGAUUAUAUCCAAGCUAUCAUUAUGCUUUGUUUAUUUUCGCAUUUAACGUUGCUCGAUGUUUUGAAUGCAUGCCAUAGCUGAAACAUUUAAGCACCAAAUUAAAAGCGUUAGAUAUCCCGAACGUUGUAAGCGAAAUCGGUUGUUUAGUUAUAGGUUUGUACGUGUCACAGUAACUACUUUGGUGACCCUGUGCUUUGUUCUCGCCACAGAUCUUCCUCCACCAACACGACAAACCCGUUCGGAUCCACCUUCUGUUAUAACUUGCAACACAUGAUAUUUGAGGUUUGUAUUCGUCGGUCCAGUCUUGUAGGAACGAUUCGAAGCGGCGGUUUUUAGCGCAACACAGCUUUGCAAUGUAGGAACAAUGUUGUAACUAGUCGAAACAAUAUCGCAAGAAUGUUGCAACGCUGUGUUGUGCUAAAAAUAGUCGUCGCGAAUCGUCUCGUGUAACAUCACCUUAAGUACCAUUUUCUCACACACAACUGGAAGCCAUGCCAAGCCGACCAUGCAACAAAACAACAGGUCAGGCAAUGGCGGAAGGCAACAAAACAAGUGAACUCUGAAACGCCAUGUGACCUGAAGUCCCUCCUUACACUCGAACCCAGUACUCCCAGCCGUGUGUGAGAAAAACGUUUUCCGCUUCUUUAGUUCCUCAGCCUACGGAGAACAGCUGUCGCACCAUCGGUGCACACAAGGGGCGUUGUUCCCGAAGACUUACCUCGCGACAUGCCGCGUUCUUCUGACAGCCUCUAAAAGCACAUCAAACGCAGAGUUUUUUUCAGCAUAGGGAUUUAGCCAGUUGUAUACGAAACACAUUGGUGUGUAAAAGUAUGUCUACUGUGUAACUGAACAACUUAAGGCAGAUUUGAGAGUUGACAAACUUCAUCAAAUUAUUUUACGUUUUCAUGGAAAUACCACAAAACUGCCGCUUAACCCCCCACCCCAACACUGUCACGGGCGCAUCUACCCGUAAACAAAACAAAAAUUCAUCCAAUUAUAAGUCCUCUCGGACUUAAGCCCACCUUUAGCUUUUCCUUGCUUGAAUGUGAAUGAUGAUAACGUUUUGAAGCUUAAUUAAAGACCAGUAAAAUCAAAACCACAAAACUGCCACUAAGACCCCCGCCAACACUGUUAUGAGCGUAUCUCCCUGUAAACAAAACAAAAAUUCAUCCAAAUUCAUUUCUCAGAUAUAUAAGCCCCCUCGUAUAUAAGCCCCCCUCAGGUAUAAGCCCCCCUCGGAUAUAAACCCCCUCGGAUAUAAGCCCCCUCAGAUAUAAGCCCACUCGGAUAUAAGUCCCCUCAGAUAUAAGCCCCCUUGGGUAUAAGCCCCCUCGGAUAUAAGCGCUCCUAAAAUCACUUACCAAGGUGUAUAAGCCCAGGGCUUACAUGGGCCAGUUUACUUCAUUCAGCGCAAAGGGACUCACAAUCUUCUUUCAACUGUUUUCUUCAGGUGAUGGCUAACAAUCAUUUAGCAUCCGUGACCCUGUAUCCCCACAGUAACAAUACUGUUUCGGCGUAAAACAUCCUGUUAAAGCCCUUCAAGCAAGACGUUUAUAAGGAAAGAAGUAGUCUACAAGGAAUAUUAUUUAGUACAUAUAUAAAAAGAAUAAUAUAUCAAGGCAACCUUUUUUUUUUCCUCUACAUUCUUGCCGUUCAAUCAUUUUAUUUAUUGUUGCUCAUUAUUACUUGUAGUUCUUGGCUGUUUACUGGUUUUACUAGAUCAUCUGUUAGCUGUAUAUAGGGUAAAAUUUUGGGGAACUGGUUAGCCUGCGUAGCAUGGCGGUUUUGUCAAGCCGGGCUCCCGCCCCAAUCUCCUCGCGGUUUCUCUGCCCUCGCCGGCCUUUAUUACUUAGCGCGCCCAACCAAAACCGCCAUGCUACGCAGGCUAGGAACUGGUAUGUAUUAAGGUCUCCUUGAAAUGCGAGUGUGUUGACAUUUUUCAUGAAACUUUCAUGCCCACAAGAGCGGCUUAGGUUAAUUUGUAUGUAACGUUAUUUUCCAGAAGGGUUCAUUGAAUAGCUAUAUAGUGUAAUGUGUAAUUUAUUAUUACUAUGAUUUAUAUUUAUGGACAUUUCUGACUUAUUGUAAUAUAAUGGGAAACAAAAUUUAAGUAAAAGUUGAAUUGAUGAUGUAUCAUGC